UGGUAACUGAAUAGCCAGUGUAAUCUGACACUUCAACUUGCCGUGCUCUACGGUAGUUGAUUCAGUCAGUCAGUCAGUCAGUCAGUCACACCGUCUUCGGGGUUUGUCUCACAUCGUCUUUGUGAAGUGAAGCGAGCGAAGGAGCGGAGCGCCGUAAAAACACGCGGCGUGGAAGGAACAAUACGCGCCUUUGCUUCUGAGCUUCGAGCAGAAAAUCUCCUCUUAAGGAGAGGUCAGCACCGGAUUGUGCAGGAGGAAUACAUGAAGGGCGGGGCGGGGGAGGGGGUGCCAGCAGGAGCAGCACAAGCACCCCUGAGGUUACACAGAUUCACUCUGUGAUUUAUGAAGGCUAAGAAGCAGGUUUUGCUUGAGAGCAAAAACAGGAGCCUCCUCGUCAGAAUCGAAUAAGAAAAAAACAAACAAACCAGCUUUUAAUGGAGUCCUGGUAGAGACAUCAAGAUGAACACAUUACCAUCAAUGGACCGGCAUAUCCAGCAGACCAAUGACAGGCUGCAGUGCAUCAAACAGCACUUACAGAACCCGGCCAACUUCCACUCGGCUGCCACAGAGCUGCUUGACUGGUGUGGAGAUCCACGGGCCUUCCAGCGACCUUUCGAGCAAAGUCUCAUGGGAUGUCUGACGGUGGUGAGUCGUGUUGCCGCUCAGCAGGGUUUCGACUUGGACCUAGGCUACAGGUUGCUCGCUGUGUGUGCUGCCAACCGGGACAAAUUCACUCCUAAGUCUGCAGAAACCAGCACCUGCAGGAGAUGUCAGAGUGACUCAGCUUUGCUGUCAUCGUGGUGCGAGGAGCUGGGCCGUCUCCUCCUACUGCGUCACCAGAAGAACAGGCAGAACGAACCACAGGGAAAAGUCCCCAUGCAGCCCGGCAUGAAGCCUGGCCUCACACACAGUGAUGGGUCCUUUCCUUAUGACUCUGUCCCCUGGCAACAAAACACCAACCAGCCCCCAGGGUCACUAUCCGUGGUUACAACAGUGUGGGGUGUGACUAAUACAUCACAGAGUCAGGUGCUGUGUAACCCUAUGGCAAACAGCAACAACCACAUGAACCCCGGGGCGAACCACAUGGGAUCCGGUAUGUCUGCCAGCGCAGCAGGACUCACUUCACCUCAGUUUAGCGCUCAGCAGCAGCAGUUCCCGAACAAAGGAGGGUCCGGCCAGUCGUACAUGCAGCAGGGGAUGUACGGCCGGCCCGGCUACCCUGGCGGUCCUGGGGGAUACAGCGGAAGUUACUCUGGAGGCCCAAACGCCCCUCCUGGAGGUAUGGGAAUGAACGCCCACUCACGCGCCCCUGGGGACUUCACCCCACCAGCUGCUGCAGCUGCGGCUGCAGCCGUCGCUGCUGCUGCUGCCACAGCCACGGCCACUGCGACCGCCACAGUGGCAGCUCUGCAGGAGACACAGAAUAAAGAAAUGAACCAGUACGGACAGAUGUGCCCGUCGUUCCAAAUGGGCCCUGCACCUUCCUACAACAGCCAGUUCAUGAACCAGCCAGGCCCACGAGGACCCCCUGGAGGUAUGAAUCCGGCAGCCAUGAACAACCCUAACAUGAGUGGUCCUCCAAUUGGUAUGAGUCAGGCUCGAACCCCAAGCAUGGGACCUUUUGGGGGUCCCGGCCAGAGGAUGCCUCAGCAAGGUUAUCCUGGGGGGCCGCGGCAGGGCCUUCCCAUGCAGGGGAUGAAGAGGCCGUAUCCUGGGGAGGGCAACUAUGGUGGUCAGCAGUUUGGGCCAAACAGCCAGUUCCAGCAUCAACAGGCAGGGUACCCCUCAUCGAAUGCCUCCAGGCCUCUGCCUUCCCCUAACUACCCUAGCCAGAGGAUGCCAGUGCAGCAGGGCCAGGGACAGUACCCCCCUGGAAUGCCCAUGGGCCAGUACUAUAAGCAAGAGUCCUUUAAUGGUCAGAAUACUGGCUUCACUGGAGGCGGAUACUCCUAUAACCAAGGCAAUGGGCCCCCCAGGCCUGGUAACUACCCCCACUCUCCAGUCCCUGGAAACCCAACUCCUCCUAUGACCCCAGGAAGCAGUAUUCCCCCUUAUCUGUCUCCAAACCAAGAUGUGAAGCCCCCAUUUCCACCUGACAUGAAACCAAAUAUGACAGCACUUCCGCCCCCACCGGGCAACCCAAAUGAGGAGCUGCGGCUGACGUUCCCAGUCAGAGACGGGGUGGUGCUGGAACCGUUCCGCCUGGAGCACAACCUGGCUGUCAGUAACCACGUCUUCCAUCUGCGACCCUCCGUCCAUCAGACACUCAUGUGGAGGUCAGACCUUGAACUCCAGUUCAAGUGCUACCACCAUGAAGACAGGCAGAUGAACACCAACUGGCCGGCCUCGGUUCAGGUCAGCGUCAACGCCACACCGCUCACCAUCGAGAGGGGUGACAACAAAACCUCCCACAAGCCGCUGCACCUAAAGCACGUCUGCCAGCCGGGGAGGAACACCAUCCAGAUCACGGUCACCGCCUGCUGCUGUUCCCACCUGUUUGUGCUCCAGCUGGUCCACAGGCCAUCUGUGCGCUCCGUCCUCCAGGGGCUUCUAAAGAAGAGGCUCCUUCCUGCAGAACACUGCAUCACCAAGAUCAAGAGGAAUUUCAGCAGCGUAGCGGCAUCAGCAGGCAACACCACUCUCAACGGAGAGGACGGCGUGGAACAGACGGCCAUCAAAGUAUCCCUGAAAUGUCCCAUUACCUUUCGACGCAUCCAGCUACCCGCACGGGGACACGACUGCAAACAUGUGCAGUGCUUUGACUUGGAGUCCUACUUGCAGCUCAACUGUGAGAGGGGGACAUGGAGGUGUCCUGUGUGCAAUAAAACAGCGUUAUUAGAAGGCCUAGAGGUCGACCAGUACAUGUGGGGUAUCCUUAAUGCCAUCCAGAAUUCAGAUUUUGAGGAGGUCACUAUCGACCCCACCUGUAGCUGGAGACCUGUUCCAAUCAAAUCAGAGCUGCACAUAAAAGAGGAUCCAGAUGGACCGCUGGCGAAGCGCUUUAAGACCAUGAGCCCCAGUCAGAUGACCAUGCCCAACGUGAUGGACAUGAUAGCUCAGCUAGGGCCUGGUCCAGGACACGGACCAGGUCCAAGUUCCUACCCCCCUCACCCUGGUCAGCAUCCCAGCGGCAAUGGAGGAGAUUACCCUGGAGGAGGAAACAGCUACCACAAUCAAGGUAGCUUUGACUUCCCUAACGGUAACCCAUCUGGUGGAGGAGGAGGAGGUCCUCCUAUGAAUGAUUUCAUCCAUGGCCCACAGCUGUCUCAUCCCCCUGAUGGACCUGGUGGUCUUCUCCCCCAGGACAAGCCCCUCAGUCACAGCAUGAACGAUUCAAUGUCCCAUUCAGAUCAGUCCCAUAACCCCAUGCAGCAGAGCAUGCAUGUGCCUCCCCACACUGGCAGCCAAUCAGGGCCGCCCUUACAUCACAGCGGCCAGUCAGGGCCGCCCCUACAUCACAGCAGCCAAUCAUCGCAGCCUCCUCGCCAGCAGCAGCAACAGCCCCAGCCGCAGCCUCAGCACCCUGGGCAGAACAGUCACCCCCACAGCGAUCUGAGCUUUAACCCCUCCUCAGAAGCGCAGAUGGCUCAGGGAGCCCAGGACAUGCCCGAACCCUCCCUGGAUCUGCUUCCAGAGUUAGCCAACCCGGAAGAGUUACUCUCCUACCUGGACCCUCCCGACCUCCCCGCCAACAGCAACGAUGACCUGCUCUCCCUUUUUGAGAACAACUAGCCCCUCCCACGCUCUCUUCCUUUGGACACUCGGAGCAGCUAGCCGCCAUCACGCAUGCCAACUCACUCGAACUGUUUCUGUGUUCAUGAGGGACGUAUGGCUCAGGAGCAUGGCUGAGAAGGAAGCAGGACAUCAAUGCUCCACCCCUGCACUCCCCCCUUUUUAUUUGUUUCAUGUAAAGAUUCCACACACCAGUUCCACCUCCUCUGGCUCCACCAUUUGUAGCCAUGUUUGUGGGCACUAAAUUAAUAUGAAAUAUUUAUAUAUUAUAUACACAUACUAUAUAUGUGUAUAUGAGCAUAUAUAUAUAUAUAUAUAUAUAUAUAUAUGUAUGUAUAUGUGAAUUUACAACUGAAAACUGUGCAGCUAUAAUCAUAUAUGACAACACAGAGGAGGAAGGAGCCUUGUGUUGUAGCUUUCUUUUCUUUCUUUUUUUUUAAGAUAAUUUUCCUUUUGACAAAAGAGGAGUCAGAGGGAUAGCCAUUGGGUUGCAGAAGUGUUAAAUAAAUCCCAAAUGAAAUUUGUUCUUCCAAAUUGUCUACAAUGCACAACCCCCUGCCUUCCAUGUGUGUGUGUGUGUGUGUGUCUUCAGAGUAGGUGAGCGCAUGUGCAGCGGUGCGUGUUUAUCCGUAUAUGGGUGCAUGUCAGUAAACUGGGAUUUUAUUUAAAAGUUAAUUUAUUUUAGCAAUUUAAUGGAGAAUGGGAACUUCAACUCAAUUUGAAAAAUUGAAUUGGAUUUUAAUUUAUAAUAAAUCAUAAAUUCAAGUGUGAGAUGUACCCUGAGUAUGCCACCAAGUUUCCUCUUGGUUUUUCUACCUGUUCUUGUGAUCAUCAAAGCCAAUUGUAUAGUUUUAAUCUUUGUGACCAAAGCUUAUAGCUAAUGAAAACCCUAAUUUUAGAAGCUCAGAAAAUUUGAAUGUUACAUAAAGCCCAUAUUUGUUGUUUUUUUUAUAUUGAAAUCUUAUGCUAUGUCAAUCACGGGGGUGACUCCUGAUAUAAUAAGGCUAAGCCAAAAUAGAUCACUGCUAUUAAUAGAAAGUUAAAUGGAAGGAAAAUGUGUGAAAGGAUAUUUAAAAUCAAUUUAUGCUUCCCUUUGGAGAUCCUGAUUCAAUUUUCUAAUAGCACCUCACCACAUUCCCAAAACGACCUGUAGCAGGUGUGAUCACCAUAGUACAGCCAAUCAUCUGAUGUUCUGCAGAGGGAGAUGGAAGAGACCAGGCCCAAUGAUAAGUUUUUAGGCUUCAAUGAGGUAGUUUUUUGUAGUUUAUUUUUAUAUUCCUCACAGCUGUAAUGAAAAAAAA